GACGUCAUUAUGACUGACUUUGGCCUAAGAGUCACAUAUGAUCUGGUCUACCAUGUCACUGUCACUGUCCCUGGAAACUACAAUAGCAGAACCUGUGGUCUGUGUGGCAAUUUUAACGAUGACAAAGCAGAUGAGUUCCAGCUGCCGGAUGGAAACCUGACCAAGGACUUCCAGACCUUUGGAGCAGCAUGGAAAGUGCCCGUGCCUGGAGCUGUUUGUGAUGAUGGCUGCAGUGGCGACCAGUGCCCCAAAUGUGACGAUUCUAAAAAAGCUGCAAUAGAGGAAAAAUGUGCAGUCAUCACCAAUCCCAAAGGUCCAUUUGCUGCUUGCCAUGAUGUAAUUGAUCCUGCUUCCUACUUCAGAGAUUGUGUCUAUGAUGUUUGCAUGGCCAAAAAUGAUCAAAGCAUAAUAUGUAACAGUAUUGCUGCAUAUAUGUUAGACUGCCAAGACUUUGGCGCAAAGAUUGAGAACUGGAGAAGUUCUUCUUUCUGCCCUUUUACAUGCAGUGCUAGCAGCCAUUAUGAAACCUGUCUACUGCCUUGUACCUCUCCAUGUCCUGGUCUCGUUGAAACCCUCACAUGCACUACGACUUGUGUUGAGGGCUGUGCCUGUGAUAAAGGCUACUACUACAAUGGAACUGGCUGUGUGCCCUUUGACCAGUGCAGCUGCUAUUACAAUGGCCAAACUUACAAGGUCGGAGAGUCGAUUAUAACUGAUGAUUGUCACAGGAUUCACACCUGCCAGGCCUCUGGAGUGGUUCUGUCUAAAAACAUUACAUGCGACCCCAACGAGAGCUGCCUGGUCAAAAAUGGUGUGAUGGGCUGCCACAUUCAGCAUUGCUUUUUGGACGCAAAUGGCACCCUCACUGAAUUUAAUGGCGAUAGUGGUACCAUAACAGUGCCAGGAGCCUAUGAGCUUAUCCAGAGCUGCAACUUCUCUCAGAUAUCAGACUGGUUUAGGGUGGUGGUGAAGUUGGAGAUGUGCACACCUGGUGUCAACACUAUCAAAGCUGUGUAUGUGUUCUUUAAUGAAAUGAUGAUCACAGUCGACAACAAACAUAAUGUCUGGACAAAUGGUAGAGCGUUGACUCAAACCACUUUCUCCCAGAACAAUGUAAAAGUGGUGGUUUCUGACAAUACAGUGAGAAUUAACAGCACGUCCAGCCUUCAGGUGUCCUUUUCUUCAACUAAUGAACUUGCCAUUAGUGUCAGUGACAAAGUAGCUGACAUGGUAUGUGGGGCAUGUGGGAAGACCAGGCCUACUGACAAGACAAUACCAGAUCUGAGAGAGAGACCUCUGGUCUCUCUUCACGGGCCCAGUACUGCCUUUGCGUCACUGAACAUUGGGCAGUGGACAGCUCCUGAUUUCCCCCAAUGGCUGUAUCCCACUCACCAGGUAGGGAAGUCCUGCGCAGAAAAUGAGGCCAUGUACUCCUGCAUCAUUUCCUGCGAGAAGCCCAUGGUGUCUCUGAAGGGCAGGAAUUUGUCACAUGCUCCGCACAACUUGUCUGCCAUGCUGUCACUCACAGUUACAAUGAGCUCCUGGGUGUUGCUGUAA